CGAUGAGUCUUCCGCUCAUCAGGCAGAGGUAGCUGCUAUCCAUUGAUCCCUGGGAGUUCUCCCCGAUCGGUUAACGCGCGCGCGCCGACCUAGCUUAGCCUGCGCCCCAUGGGGCUACUGGACCAGCUCUGGGACGACACCGUCGCCGGCCCCCGGCCUGAGAGCGGCCUCGGGAGGCUCCGGAAGUUCAGCACCUUCAGCUCCCGAUCGAGCUCCGGCAAGGAAUCAGAGGGAGGAGGGAGCGUGAAGACGUACGGCGAUCAGGAGGCGGCGCCGUCGGAGGAGGCGAUAAAGGUGACGCGAAGCAUAACGAUAGUGAAGCCGCCGGGGUACCAGUCCGGCUCGCCGCCGGUCUCUCCGGCCGGGUCGACUCCGCCGGUAUCCCCUUUCUCCGGUAAGAACGAUGGAGGUGGAAGAGGGCAGUUUCUAUUCCGGAGGAGAUCAAUGUCCGAUGCCUACGAGAAGCCAAGUGAGGCUCGACCCAGGAGCACUCCUGAUCCUUACGACGUGUGAGCUAUGACAUAGACACGGAGUUUCGACUCCCUUCGGCAGCCCAAGAUAACCCCGUGUGCGUCUGUUCGACCCCUUUGUUCUUGCUAUGUAUAACCUAUGCAUGUAUGUAGGUUUGCACGCAUGUUUGAAUAUGCUGCCACGGCCACUUCAGUAGCAUGCAUCAUCUAGAUAUAGGAGUCUGUGUGUAUCAGUGCGUAUGUGAGAUGGGUCGUGAGUCGUCUCGUUGCGUAGAAUCAGUCUGUAGUCUGUUCUCUGUACAUUGUAGUGCUUUCACUUUAGAUCCGAAUCUGAGCCUUUUGCUGCUUGUAAGUUUUGUUGGAGAAAAUAGAGCAUGUUCGUAUGUUCUUUGUUUCCUUAAA